AUGGUCGCGGCGGCCCCUGCGCCCGCUUCGCCGACAAUAGCCAGGCGGCGGCGCGAGGACGCGUCGCUGCCGCUCGCGCAGCGCCUGCUCGCUCCGUCUGCCGACGCGCAGCUCCCGCCCCUCUUUCCCGCGACAUCAGACGGCGCGAUCAUCGCCCACGAGCGCGCAUACCACCUCGUCGCGCUCGCGCUCCGCGGAUACGUCCAAGCAUGGUACAUCCGCCUCAGCCCGCGCGACCGCACGCUCCUCCCUGCCAUCAACGACGUGCUCGUGCCCCUCCUCGCGCCGCUGCUCACCUCGGUCGCGGAGGACCCUACGCCGGCAGCAGACCUGCUCCUCCUCCACGUGCCGGUCGUUGCAGCGACGCAUAUAAGCACGUACUGGCACGCGCGGGCUGCCCUCGCGUCAGGCCUCGCGCGCAGUGACGACGGUACAGCACUCGCCCUCGACGAAGCGUACCACGCCCGCCUGCCUCUCCUCUCCACGGCGCUCACAGACGGCACGUACGCCCUCUCCCCGACAUACCUGACUGCGCUGGCCGACGCGCUCCUCGCCCUCCGGCUUCCGACGAAGGCGUACGCCGCGGACGCGGAGCGCCUCAUCGUCCGCGAGGUGCUCGCGCGCGCCGUGCUCUCGUCCGUUGGCAGACGGCUCGCGCAGCCGUGGUUCUGGGCGCAGCUGCUCCUCAAGCUCUUCUCCGAGCGGACGCCAAAGCUGGCCCCACCGCCAAGACGACGUGGCCUACGUGGCACCGCCGACGCCGUGGCGCGCCUGUGGUUCCAGCUCGCAGCGUUCGCGCUCGCGCUCUGGAACUUUGCCGCGUGGAUCCUCGCCACGCUCAACGCCUCACCGCCCCCUGAUCCGCGGUACCACCGCCUCGCGGACCCAUGGCUCGCCCUCGGGCGCGUGUGGCUCGUCGAGCGCGCCGGGGUCGUCCAGGUGCCGUUUUCUACGCGCCUCGCGUACUCGACUGUGGAAGUGCUCGUCCGCCUCGCGGCGCCAGUGAUCGACCGCCUGGUGCCGCAUCUCUGCGUCACCCGCGUCCUCACGCCGGGCACGGCGCUGAAAAUCGCCGACCUCCUCGAACGCGUCCUCUUCCCGGACGGCUACCCCGGCCCGUCGCCGCCCGACCCCACGCCUGAAGAGGCGGCCAUGCUCCUCCGCUCUCUCCGCAGCCGUGUGGCCGAGGCCCUCCCCCGCGUUUUCCGGACGCAGAUCGACGCGGACAAGCUCGUCGACCCGCUCUCGGAUGCGGGCUGCAACGCCCAUCUUGUGGGGAUGCUGUACGACACUGUCGUGGCCACCCUCGUGCCGGAACUCGCACUGCACGACCGCGUGCCCGCGGUGGAGCAGUAA